GGAACCGCACGCCAAGCCAGCUGUAACGCAACUUUUUCUGCCUCGCUCUCUCGCCAUUCGCACAGCCCAAUACGCGGCGUGGCAGCGCGACGUGCAUUCGUUCCACAAAACUUUUCCGACUGCGAGCGUCGGCGCUUGGACGAAAAAAUAAAGAAUUAAGAACCCCCGCCAUGGAAUCUUUCGUUUUUCCCAAAUUCAGCGUUCGAAAUUUGUGGCACAAGGCAUUCCGCAAACGAUAGAAACUAGCAAACAGAAGAGAAGAGUUGUUUCACAAGAAAGAAAAAUAGUGUUGUGUGGUGUUUGUUUACAAAUAGUGAUGCUGUCGAUCACCCAAAGGCGGCAUGCGCGAUGACGUAAUGUGAUAGGCCCCUGCAUCGGCGCAUUGUUGUGUGCUUGCGGGAAAUUGAAUUGUUUCAGCGCGGUGACGAAAUUUGAAAAACACGUGUUAAGUGCUCCUCUUUGGAUGUAUUAUUUUUCUGGAUAUUGACAACUGUCUCGGGCGGAAGCGCCAGCGCAGUGGAUUUGAUUUAUUAGUGCUAAUUUAAACAAUUUUUUGGUGAUUAAAGUUGUUUCAAAGUUUUUCAACGUUUUCCUCGUGAGCUGUGUUAAUUAUGUUUCUUCUUGAAAAAUUCGAGAAGUAUAUGAUUCCCUAAGUUAACCCCUUUCUGCCACUGGUGUUAUUGCCUAGUUUCUGGUGUGGAUAAAAAGGACUGAUAUGUCCCCAAAGAAAUCGUAUUUGAUGAGAAGAGUUGUUGUAAGCAUAAGACGGAAUUAGACUUCGUUUCUUUCUGCAUAUAAAAUUUGUCUUCAAAUCAUUGGAAGUUACUAAAUUAUUUCAAAAAGUUUCAUUACAAGGUUAAAUUCUACCCGAAGUUAAAAUUUGCAUUCCUCACUUCAUAUGCCCAGCCAAUGAAGUUAUAUUUUUGUUUUGCUGCCUGAGAUGAAUAUUUCCCCUAAUGUCAAUUUGGAAAGGUUUGAAGAGGCUGAUCAUAAGUUGCAAUUUCAACUCAAUAAGUGCCUUAAUGAGAAACGUCGUAGGGAGUCAACACAAGACUACCUAGAAGAACUAGCAGGUUAUAUCUCUGCUAGUGCCUCUGACAUGUGUUCCCUCUCUGCCAACCCUGACAAGUGUGCCAUACUUCAGGAAACAGUCAACCAAAUCCGUCAAAUUAAAUUAGCUGAAGAUUGUAAUUCAGGUGAUGAUCUUCAAAAGAGUGAGGUAUCAUCCAGUAAUCCAACUUAUCUUGGCAACGAUCUCAUUGCUCCAUUUUUACUUCAUGCAUUAGAUGGCUUCUUGUUUGUGGUAAAUACUGACGGCAAGAUAGAAUUUGUGUCACAUAAUGUAGAAAGUUUUCUAAAAUAUAAUCACGAAAAUUUAAUUGAUAAAAGUAUAUACAAUAUUAUCCACGUCGGAGAUCACGCUAGAUUUAGCAGCAAUUUGCUACCUAUGUCUAUAGGUAAUGUGUUUGGCUGGUCCGAACCUCGUGAAACAGUCAGUAAAAGUGCCUUCCAUUGUCGCUUCCUGAUCAAACCUCCUGAGGAUCAGGACGAAACUAUGGAAGAGAAGCAAACUAGAGUAUCUCAAUACGAAACCAUGCAAGUAUCAGCCGUUCUAUUACCUCAUGCAGAAAAAAAUGAUACAGAAGACAUUCAAACAGAAGGCCAAAAUCGCUUGGUAUGCGUUGCAAGACGCUUACCACCAAAUGAGAAGAGCAACAUUCAGGGAACUGAACAAUUUGUUACCCGUCUUGAUGGAAGGGGAAAGAUAAUUUCAGUUGACACAAGUUGUAUCUCUUCAGCGUACAGUCAGUAUUUAAAUAAAGAUUUAGUGGGGUGCAUUAUUCAAGAAAUGUCUCAUCCCGAUGACUAUCAAAAAUUUACUCAACAUUUGAAAGACACCCUCCAGCAAGGCAGCAACACCAGUGGCGUUUACAGGUUACGAUUAGCUCACGAGAAAAUAAUUUACGUUCAAACAAAAAGCAAACGCUUGAAUUUUAACCCUAUGGCCAGUGAACAAGAGAUCAUAGUGGCUAACCACACUAUCCUAAGGGAUAGUGACCAUUGCUUAGAAAACAAUGUGGUAGUCUCCCAGCGAAGUAACCCUUCUCCCGCUAGUGGCUCCAUUGUCCCUUCUUUAAGCAACAACAUGAAUGGGAAUUCCUAUUCCUUUAGUUCCCUCAGUCCCCAAGAUUUUAAUCUCAAUGACAUUGGGCUCGAUUUUUUACCCUCUUCCAGUUGGGAUAUGAGUGGUGGUGAAGGUCAGGACCUGGACACCAGCAGCCUUCCCACAACAUUGGGUGCACCAUCAACACCUGCAAGUAUAAAUAGUGUUAACUCUACUGCACAACAACCACAAAGGACACAACACCCAUCGGGUAGUGCUUUCAGUCCAGAACUAUUGUCUGGUAGGGGCUCUCCCUCCACACAGUCACCUGCUCAAGUGAGUGCGACUGGCAGUCCUGCUCCUGGUCGAGUGACACCAUUUUCCAACAGCUUCCCUUUCAGUCCUGUAUCAUCACAGACAGUCAGUCGGACAUCCUCACCUGCUCCCAACCUUAUAAAACGGGAAGAGCCUCCUACUCAAGGUAAUGAUACAAACCUCAGUCCUAUGGGAGGUUUGCUGGGCGAAGGUCAGAACUCUUCUACAAAUGCUACCCAGAAACUCCGCAACCUCCUCACCCAUGGUAUUGAGGAGGCUGAUUCAUCUGUUCCUAAAACAUCAUCCUCUGAAAAGAUGGAAGACAUAACUGGCAAUGCUGAAAAUGGCUUCGUGAACCACAAUACCAGUGGCGAGUCUGUGUCUUCGCACAAUGAGAAUAUCAUUCUCCGAGAACUUCUUAAUCAAGAGGAUGAUGAUAUGAAUGAUGAUGGUUCUAAGAAUCUGUCAUGUGAUUCAAACUGCAAUGUAUCCAUAGCAUCUGAUUUAUGCUCAUAUGAUGCUCUACAAAAAAGGACUAUAAACAACAACAAUAACAUGUUAAGGAAACUUCUAAACAAUGAUGAGGAAAAAAGCUUUAAGAAAAAUCAAGACCUACUAAUUCAACAACUUUUGAAGACAGAUGGAAAAGUCUCAUCUGAUAUGAAUAAUAUAUCUCCUGGGCCUCCAAAAGUGGGAGGUCCUUCCAGGCUACCGAAUUCAACUUUAGACGCAAUGAACUCUGUAGCUAAAAGAAAGUCCCCAGAUACUCCUAUGGAAGAAUCAGUAGCUAAGCGACCUGCUCAGCAGAAUCAGCAGCAUGCCCAUCUUGCUGGACAGAAUCCUAUGCUUGCAUCAAUGCUUGCUCAGACACCAAGAACAGCACCAUCUGUUCCUACAAGCAUUGCUAAUGCCAUUGUUUCGCAGCUACCUCAAGAACGUCUGCCAAAAAACCUUGAAAAGAAGUUGGUGCACACGCCAUAUACUGGGGCACCAGCUAGUGGCACGAAUUCUACCACAGCCAGUCAGUACAAUUUCUCCCAGGUCCAGAUUGGUGCACGUAGUCUGCUUUCUACUUCUCUUCAACAGGAGGUUGUUACUGCAGAUUCUCGAGGGCAUGUGACACUCGCUCCACAAGCCAAUAAUAAUACUGGUUACAACCAAGUGACUAAUUUCAUGAAUAGGAUGUUGUCUCCUGGGGAUAACAGCCAGAAUAUUCAACUUGGUAAUUAUAGUGAUCUGUUAUCCAACAGUUCUCAACAUCAAGCCUCUGUUCAGAAUACUGCUAACUUAUUAAUUGAUGGGCUUGCAGAGGCCAGCAGAGAUCCUAACAAUGUGGUCAGUGCCAAUGAUCCCUUGCUGUCUGAUAUUUUAGAUCAAGUAUGGAGUAUGGAACAAGAUAUGAACAUGGCUACUGAUGACUUUGCCUUUUUCAAAUUACUUGAAGAACUACCAGAAACGUCGGCAGCCGCCCCAACUGCUAGUCCACGUCCCCCAUCUGCUCAUGAUGUGCAAGAAAAAUUAGCAAUCCAAUCCAUCCAAAAACAGCUUAUGAGCUUUGAAGUGCAGCCUGGUCCAGCCAACACUUCUCGAAAUUCACCUCGUUUUCAGCAACCGGGUGUCAUGACGCAGUCUCCCAUCACCUCAAGCUCCUACUCCUUAGUUAAUCAGUACCAGUCUGCUCCACCUGCGUACAGUACAUCAAAUCCUGUACAAAGGACUCGGCCUCCUGGCAUACCCACAGUACAAACUAAUACCCUAAAUAUGACAUCCCAACAAAUGCAGCAGAUGGCUCAGAUGAAUAAUCAGCGGCAAGCUUUGCCUCCACAGUAUGGAGGACUCAACAACGUUAAUGAUUUGACACCACCAAUGAGACGUCAUCUUUUGGAACAGCAGAGACAUAAAUUAUUUCUUCAGCAACAAUUCAACCAGAAGAAACAACUUCUGAUGCAGCAAAAACAGCAGCAGCAACAGCUGGCCUUGAAUACACUCAAUUCUAGGCAACCAAUACCUGAAAAUAUUCCCAACCUUCAAUCACCAGCUUCCAGUCCUUUUGGGGAAAAUAUGAAUGAUUUAAUGAAUAACACUGUUGCUCCAAAUGUUACUUUACAAAGAUCUGCUAGUAUGCCUGAGCCACAGCUUUCACCCAGGUAUUCAAAUGUGCAGCAGAUGCCUAAUUCUGUUGCUCCACCUGCCAGUCCUUCUCAGUUAUCACCCGGUCAACGUCAGCAGCCACCUUUCUCUCCUCUUCAACAGCCCGGAUAUCCUAACAAUUAUCCACAGGCUCGACUUUCUCCACACAUGCAGUCACAACCAGGUCCAACCCAAACAUGGGUGCAGAGAGCUUCCCAAAAUCCUGCUAAUCUCCAGCAACAGAAUCCCAUGUUGAAUGCACAACUUUCACAACAGCAGGCACCUUUUGCUAAUCAGGCCAGAUUUCCUAGCCAGCAGCAACCACAGCCUCGUCAGAUGAUUCACUCUAUGCCUAGUCCUGGAGCCAGAAAUUCUCCCUUUUCGAAUCCACCCGAUUCUCCGUUUCACCCACCUUCCCCUGGUGUCAACUUAUACCAACAGCAGACUUCUGCUCUUCCUCCACAGGCACAGCAACCCCAACAAAGGCUUCAGAGAGCUGUGUCCAUUCCAAAUCGAGUCAAUUCCCCUCGAGGCCUGCCGGCAGGUUUCACGGGAGGUGAUCCUAUUCUCUCCCCUCAACCUUCUCCGGGAAACUACAACCCUCCUGCAUCAAAUUACAAUGCCACUAUGCCGGUCUCAACGUCCUCCACAUACAACUUGGAAAACUUCUCUUAUGAUCAACAGGUUUAUCCUGCUGCCAUGAUUGAUAGGAAUCGUGGGAAUGGAGGUGGAGCAAUUAGAUCUGAAUAUGUUCGUCAGGAGCUGAGAGCCAAAGUUGGAGCCCGAACUCAGCAGCACCAGAUUCACCAACAGUUAGUACAACAAAUGCCUCAAGCAACAGGAUCUCAGUCAACAAAUCAGUCUAUUAGUCAAGCUGAUUUUGAUGCUCUUGGAUUUUCUCUUGAUCUUGACAAUGAUGGUCAGCCAUCUUCUGAUGCUUUGUAUCCUCAGUCCCUUCUUAAUACUGUCGGUGGUACAAAUAGCAAUGAUACUCAGACACGAACUGGAAGUCCUAGAUUUCAAAUGGAGGAACAAAGACCUGCUGAACAGAAGAAAUCACUUCUCCAACAGUUACUUUCAGAGCCUCCAUGAAGUCUAACCUUAACAUUUGACAAACUCUUUUUAGAAUGAGACAAAAAAAAAAAUAUCUUCAAAAAAACUUUUAAUUUUGAUUAUACUUUUGUUUUCAUAAUGUGAAAGAAACAGCAAAAAUAGCAUGGAAAAAAAAAACUGGUUUCCCUUUUCUAGCCAGCCCUGUUCUUGGAGCCCAAAUCAUCUCUUUGCUUCUUUUUUGUUUUUUGGUCAAGUCGAAUUUCGAAACAACUCCUCUUGUUAUAUUGUACCAUCAUCCACUUCUCAGGAACAGAGCAUAAGUGCUCGAAUGCUCUUAUUUUCUUAACCAUCAGAUGAUUGGGAAACUCACUGGAAUUAAGUCAUCUUUUGAAAAGAAAAAAAUUAAAAAAACCAAACACUACCAGCUUUAACUAACAAGGAAAUAGUGUACAUAUUGCAUAUAUAUUGUAUACUCUAUGUAUACACAUCAUCGUAAGCUAACAGUUGCAUAGUUUUGCAACUCCUAGGACUAUGCUGUUUAUGGGCUACAUUCUGCAUUGAACUUGCCUGAAUUUGUACAGCAUGUUUGUGUUUGUAUGCAUGUUUGUCAUGUACAUAUAUAUAUAUAUAAAAUAAAUCUAUAUAUAUAUACACACACAUAAAUAGAGAAUAUUGUAUUUGCAUAGUUAUAUUCAUUAUGGACUCUGCAUGUUCAAAGAAAACAAAGCAUACCUGAGUGUAUAAUUUGUUUUAGCGUGAUUUGGCUUAUGUUCUGCGAGCUGGAAGACUAUGGCAUGAAAAAAAAAUACAAUGUGAUCUAGUUUGUAUUUGUCGUUUUGUACUAAGAUUUUUAGCCUAAAAAAAUUAUUUUAAAAGUGUAGUUAUUGUGUAGAGUGUGAAUUGUAUUUUACAUUAUACAUAUAAAAUAUAAAGAUGUAUUAAAUUUUGCUUGUAUAGAAUUGUUAAAAAUUAUUAACAUAUUUUUGUACGGGAUAGAAUUAUUUCUUUGGCUGAGAAUAUUUGAAAGUGUUAUCCUUGUUUUGAAAAUUGUCGAAAAGGAUUUUAUUUAAGAAUAGAAAUGCUACCCAUUUUUUUUAAUUUAAGAAUUUAAUGGGCUUUAUGAUACGAAGCGAUACAUUCCAACAAAGUUUUUGUUUUCUCCUUCUGUUUGAGAUCAUGGCGAAAACAAAACAUGAAAUUACAAUCUUUACUGAAAGUAGGUCAAGCCAAAUUAUUUUUGAAAGGAAUCCAUGUGAUAAGUUUAUAUUAUUGAGGCUUUAUAGUCAGACUUUAGUGAUUUCUCCCGGUAACUGUAUAUCUUUCUAACUAUUGUGAUGCAUAAUGAUGUACAAAAGGGAAUUGUUUGUUAAAAGAGAGAUUAGAUUGUGAAAAAUAUACUAUUUUAUGAAGUUCUGAAAACUGAAAUAGUUUAGAUGUUAAAAAGUUUAUAACUUUUCAGAAUAGAUCUAGAAAUUUGCAGAUGUAGUCUUGUGCCUUGAACGAGUGAUUAAAUUUGCUGAUUGUCUCCCCAUUUACUGAGUUUAAAUCUGAAUCGGAAAUUUGUGAGUUUGGUUUUGGUUUGAAAUGGAUCGAACAGACUUAUUAUUAUAACAUAUGUAAUCAUUUUUCAUUUCAAAAUUUUGAGAUUGAGUAACAUUGUUAAUUAUUUUAAAUGUUAAUGCUUUUAUUUGCCGAUGUUUCAGUGAAAUCUUCAAGUAUUGCUUGCUUGAUUCAUCAUUUUUAUUUUCUAAAUUAAAAGUCAAUUUUUUUUGUUAAUUUUAAUAUAUUUGUGUUUAUAAAAAUUUUUACUAAAUGCGAAUUUUAUUUUACACAAUCUACUGAUUAAACUAAAAAAAAAAAAAAAAAAAAAAUCACUUUAUCGUCAUUAUAAUAUUUUUCUUAUUCAAAUAUCUUAACUCUUUUGCAUUUACAUUGGGGAGAUGUUUUAUUUAAAAUUGAAAAUGUAAUUGAGAUUCUUGUCAUUUAAAUUAUUUUCUUGGAUUCACAUUUAAAAUUAAUUAACAUGUUAUUUGUCCUUUGAUAAUUAGUUUAAUAUCAUACUUGUUUCUUAACAAAUAUAUAAUAAUCAGAUCAUAAUUAUAUAAAUUUUAUUGUGAUUGGAAAAUAUUUAUGUUUAUAUAUAUGUAUGUGAAGCUAGUCUGAAAAUUUUAAUUUAUAUCUAUGAUAUCUAUUUAAAGAAAUUUAAAUUGAUGUGCAGGAAAACUUUAUUAUUAUUGUUUAUUAUAUUGUGUACAAUUUUUUCUAUUAUUUCCAUGUGCUUUUCUGAAAUUUUAUUAUCUUUUGUCUUUCAGAAUAAAUGAAUAUAAUUUCUUAACAAAUUAUGGUAUGGUUUAAAGUAUAUGAUUAAAGAGUGAUGUAGUUAUCUCAAGAAUGUAAGAAUUGCAUUAUUAUGUAUUUAUUUUUAAUGACAGUAACAUUUUCAAUGUAAAACUGGCCUUUUAUAACUAUUUUACAGUAGUAAAAGUGCCUAAGAUUUGUAACCUGUUUAGCAUGGGGAUUUGCUAAGUAUUUAAAAUUGAUUUCAAAAAUUUGCAUUGGAAAAAGAAACUAUAUAGAGAUAUUUGGGAUAAAUAUUUGUAUUAGUUCAAGGAAAAAGUAAAAUAUUUUAAUGCAUAUGACUAAUCACUUUUCAUUCUAAAAUAAUUUUGAAUCUUUUAAAUGAUUCUGACCGGAUCAUACCUAAAUUGAUUAUAAUGUUUAUACAACAACACCAAAACCAAGAAUAACUCAAUGUGGAGUUAAUGUUUUAUUUUUAAUGAGAUUAUCUGGUAACAUUUUUAAACUUUGAAACUGACAAAAAUAAUAAACUAUACAUUUUUUUAAUGGUUCUGAUUGAUUUAUACCUAAACUGAUUAUAUUACUUACAUAACUGAAAAAAAAAAUGUUAUUUUAAAAUGUGAUUAGUUUUUUUAACAUGCUUCUUAAAAUUUCAAAUUGUCAUUAAAAAUAUUAAAUUUUAUGUUUACUCAAAAAUCUAAAUUCAGCAUGGCGAAUCAUGGCAAUGUGAGUUUAUUUAAGUAAUCAAUCAUUUAAGAACUAUAAAAAUAAGAAAGAAGGAACAUUUGAAUCAUGUUAUUUUGGUAAACUAUGGUGUUUCUGCUUAUAGUAAAGUUUCAUUGAACCUGAGAUAUUAUAAUGCAUCUGCUUCAUUUUUUUCUUUGAGAGAAACGAUUUUUAAAAUGUGAAAUAUAUAUUUAAAUUAAUCUUCAUAUAUAUACAAUUAUUUUUCAUGCUUUAAUAUUAUAUAUAUAUAUGUAUAUAAAUGUACUACUAGUUUUCAAAUGGAUUGUUUCCUAAUUAUAAAAACUGUUCACCUUUAAAAUGUAGAAUGUGUAUCCAUCUUUCUCAAUGGACAGUUAUACUUCCCUUCUUUUCUCUGUUGUUCUGAUCUAUCAUUAACCAUUUCCAAAAUAUUUAAGACGCACUUGUUACGAUGUGACAAUUUAUUCUUUAAGUUCCUAAAAAAACCUAUGAAUAACAUGUUGUUACUAGAGCUCCUUUCAUUAUUUCUUUACAGUUAAAUUGUUUAUAAUAUUGGAUCUGGAAAAAAUAUAAUGUAUUGCUUUUAAAAGUUAAAUGUACAAUUCAUAAGGAAAAUUUUUAUUACAGUUAUUAUUCAUCCUUCGCAUAUUUGUGUGGAUAUGUUAAUAAUACUCUUGUUGAAUCAAAGUCUUUGUUAUAUAUUUGAUCUGUUUAACCAAAUAGGGCUCAAGACCUAACAAAAUAUCUAAUUUUCCAAAUAUUUAUAGAUAAUAAAUUUCAAUUUAUUAAGAAUGUUGAUUGUCAUCCUAAAAUUUAGGAAGAUUGUUAAUCUGAAGACAUACAUUAAUUGUUAUCUGGUAAAAGUGUUUGAAUAGUUAAAUGCUAAAUUUUUGAAACAUCUUGCUGAUACCAAUCAAUCAAUGUUAGAAUUUGUUUUCUUUGUUUGAAGAUAAAUAUCAAUGUUAGAUGUUUUCUUUUAUUUAUUUUGUAUAGAAAAUGACUUUUAAAUUUUCCUUUGAAUAUCUUAUUAACUUUCUAAUAUUAAACUUAUAAAAGCUAUAAAUAGUAAUACUUCUGACACCUUUAAAUUAUUCAACUUCUUUUUUUGGGGGGGGGGAAAUAUUAAAAAAGGCAAUGAUCUAUUGAAACCAAUAUUUAUCUCAUUUAUAUUUUUUUUUAUUGAUUGAUGGAGCAAGUACAAAAUAUGUAUUUUGAUAUUCUAUAUUAAAGAGUGUUUAAAAAUGGAUCAAAAUAUUGAUAUUUUAAAACUACAAAGUCAUUCAAAACCCGUUUCAUUAUUGCCUUCAGUGGUUUGGUAGGUUAAAGAAUUUGAAUUUUAACAAUCUUCACCUGGUUAUUUUUUUAAAAGUUGCCCAACUUUUGAAAAAUCUAAUAUAAUUGAAAGGAAAUGAAAGCCCCCCCCCCCAUUUUAUCAAACAAAUAUUUUUCCUUUAGAAAAUAAUAUGUCAAUCCUUAAAUUUUUAUAACAUUGAAAAUUUCACUGAUUAAUAAAUUUAAUAUAACAAGGUUGCAUUUUUAGAAGAAUCAAAGGUUUUCUUUUAAUCACUUGUGGAAACAGAUAGUGAUCAUUAGCAGUUGUUUUAUAUAACAGUGCAUAUGGAAUCGAAGCGAAUUAUUUUGAAGCCCUUGUUCUUGUAUACAAUAGUGCUUUCUAUUUUGCAUGCUGUUUGUUUAAUGUUAAUUUUCAUAUUUGAUAGUAGCUUUAGGUGGAUGAAUGAAAUAAAAAUGACCACAAAAAUAUGUCCAAGUGAUAUGACUAAUGGUCCAAAAUAUGAAUACCAAUAUUGCCAAAACAUAGCUUAUUGUGCACUUUUAAUAGCCAUGCAUGAUGCAUUAUAUUUCAGAAGAAUAUUUUUAUAAUAGAUUAUCACAUUAACAUUUUAGGUUGGUUGCAUUCUAUGCAUUGUGUGCUAGCUGAACUUAAAUCAAGAAUUUUUAGUAUGGAAGAUUUCCCGUUUGUAUUAGCAGAAUGCAUGCAACUGCUGAAAGGGAAAUCUUUUAACAAUUGAUCUUUGAUAACUUGUAGUUGUAAAAAAGUGAAGUGUUGCUCAUAGAAUUUAGUUUGAAAAAAACAACAUAUAUUUAUACUUAAAGAAAAAUACAUAUAGAGUUAGAGGUUAAUAAUAAGAAAAAAAAUGAGUUGUGAAAUUAGUGUGGUGCCUUGAUGAAAAAGAACCCCGAUAGAACCCUACUUAGAAAACUCAGUUUUUCAUUAGGAACAAAGAAAAGUAUUCAGAUUCCCGUGGUGAUCGAUUGUUAUCAAAAUCAGUUUACGAAUCAUUUGUGAUAAUAUCCAUGUGUAAAGUUAAGUUGAAUCUUGCCAUUGUUCAUCAUAGUAAUAAUAUUGGUUGGAAAAAUAACUGUGAUUAUUACUUGAUAAUAAUUACCUUCAUAUAAAAUAUAUGUACCUAAAAAUUUGAUUGAAUGUUAAAUCUGUUGUUCCUACAUCAGCAUUGCAAUUAAUGUGAAUAUAAAUUAAAAAUUUAUUAUAAUCUCUUCCCUAGUUGCCCUCAGUUUUCUCAUUCCCAGCCAUACCAUAAUGAAAAAAAAUGGAUUCUUAAAUUGUAAAAAAAUGUAAUAUUUUUGUAAAUUAUUUUAUUGUGAUAGGAAACUUGACAAAUUAUUAUUUUUGAAGACUAUAAUCAUUCUUGUGAAUUUUUUUCUCACUUUCAUUGAUUGUUGUCAUCUGUGUAGCAUCUUUAGUACAGAAUUACAAACGACAAGCACCAAGUUAGAAUCCGCACCCUCAAAUUAUAUUGUUAUUGGACCUGUAUGUUACUACUUUACAUGCACACGUACAGAACUGAUUGUAGAUCUGUUUGACUUUUUUUAUUUUCCAGAGGAUACCAGCGGCUAAAUUAUUUUGUCAUUAUUAUCAUGAGAGUAAUGUUUAAAAAAAAUUGCAGUGUUUGUUUUCUUGGGAAUGUGACAGUUGCAAGGGAAAAUUUUUUGAACAUACACAAAUUGUUUCAUUGAAAAUGCUUUUUGUAUAGUUUGACUUCAUCAUUCAUUUAAUCCUUUUCUCAGAUUAACUGUGAAUUAAUAAAAUGGGUUUAUAUACUGUU